AUGGAAAUCUCCCAGAUAUACGUCUACCCUAUCAAAUCCAUGCGUCCGACGGCGCUAAAGUCGUCGAGAGUGACACGCAAUGGAUUGCUAUAUGAUAGGAGGUUCAUGCUGCUCAAGAUCAAGCCAGACGAGCAGCUGGUGAACAUGCAUAUCGACAAGUUUCAGCAGAUGGCGCUCUUCUUGACUGACAUCGAGUUCCCAUCGGCACAGGGAGCGAGUGAUGACCGUGGCUGGAUAACGGUGACUUAUAAGAAUGCUGCUACAAACCAUCCAGAGUCGGGUGUUGGGAACAAGCUGCGCAUCCCCCUGGAACCAGAUACAAGCAACCUGAAGAAGCUUGAAGUGAUGAUGCACCGUAGCCCUACAACGGCAUACGAUAUGGGCGUGGAAUACAAUAGCUGGUUCUCUGCCUGGCUAGGGUUUAAGAUCGUUUUUGCAUAUAUUGGCGAAAACAGGAGGUUUCCGCUUGGAAACAUGGCUCCUCCAGGUACAUCUGGCAACUCAACGACUGGAUGGCUAUCCACAGUUACAAAGAAUAUACCCUACGCCGACAACCUGCUUGGACAGGUUGAUGCCUCAAAGGUCCUCACCUUCGCAGACAUGGCACCUUAUCUUAUCGUCUCACAGACGUCUGUGGAUAACGUAUCAGCCCGACUUCCGGAAGGUGAGACGAUGGACGUCACCAAGUUCAGACCCAACAUCGUCCUGUCUGGCUCCCCUGAGGCGUUCGAAGAGGACUUCUGGGGUGAACUCAUCGUAGGCGAGCGUGUGACGGUUCAACUGAGGAAUAACUGCGUACGAUGCGUCAGUAUCAAUGUUGACUUUGAUACAGGAGCACCGCAUACUGGUGAGGCGGGAACGGUACUUAAGAAGCUAAUGAAGGAUAGGAGGGUGGACAAGGGGACGAAAUAUAGUCCUGUCUUUGGACGGUAUGGAUUUCUGCACCAAGAGAAUGGUGACGACGAUGCAAUGAUUCGAGUUGGUGAUGCCGUGAAAGUGUCGAAGAUUAAUGCAGAACGCACUAUUUUAGAAUGGCCCGGGAUGACCAACUAA